AUGAACUUUGAAGCUAAAGAAUAUAAUAGCAUACAUUAUAGAAACAUCAAUAUAGAACUUAUAGCUAAUGGUGAAAGAUAUGAUCCUUCCCAAUUUCCAUACGUAGUGACUAUACAUACAUCUACUAAGGACUGGAAGAAUUAUGCGCUUUGUACCGGCACAUUGAUAAAAGAAUUGUAUGUAUUGACCGCUGCUCACUGUGUUCACGGUUCAAACACAAAUUAUAUUAAAGUAUAUCAAGGAACAGCUAUAAGAAAUAAUGUUUUUCGAAGGGUUAAAGAGCUUUACAUACACAAAGAUUUUAACCCAGAAUCAAAUGUUGUAAUAGGAGACGUUAGUCUGUUUAAACUAGAAGGCCCAUUCCCGAAUGUAAAGAAAUAUUUAGACAUUGGUGGCAAGCCUGAAGAAUUUGCCGAUCACAAGGCCUUGACAUGUACAAGUGUUGGAUUUGGUAGGACAGAUAAUGCUGGUGGUCAGGGCGAUAUAGGAUACAUGUUAACAAUCAAAGUAAGACAUGGUCCAACUGAUUGUAAAGGACACCAAAGAAUUCAAAUAAAAAACACAUGGUCACAGUAUUUGUGUUCAGAACCGACGACACCGAGUUACUUGAAAAUGUCCUGUAUGGGAGACAGUGGUGGUCCAAUAAUUUGCAACAACAAGCUUUAUGGAAUAGUUAGUUUUUAUAUAAACUACAAAAAUGGACCAAGUGAAUGUGGAGUGCCAUACAUGCAGGAUGUGCACGUAUUCGUAAAUUAUUAUUUAAAAUGGAUAAACGAUAGAAUGGAGCCGAAAAAAAGAGAAGAAGAUAAGAAAAAUGAGGAAGAUAAGAAAAAGGAAGAAGAUAAGAAAAAGGAAGAAGACAAAAAAAAAGAAGAAGACAAGAAAAAGGAAGAUGAGGAAAACAAGGAAGAUAAAAAAAAGAAAAAAAAGAAAAAGAAAAAAAAGAAAGGAAAAAAGACGAAUUAUGGGAAUUUGAUUAAACCACAUGAAUUGUAUGAUUCUGAAUAUGUUGUUGAGGUUCAAGUUGAGUAUUUCAGCAAGGUGGUUGGAGAUGAGGAAUAG